AUGGCUAACUCUCGUCUCGGUGGGCAAGAACGCACACUUAUAGCCACCAUUGGAGAUGAGGACUCUAUCACUGGUCUACUGCUCGCUGGAACGGGUCACAUCACUCAGAAGGGAAGCAAGAAUUUCCUGGUGGUAGAUUCAAAAACCUCCGUCGAGACUAUCCAAGCUACAUUUGAUGAAUUUACAACAGGUCGAGAUGACAUUGCGAUUGUUUUGAUCAACCAGCACAUUGCGGACAAGAUCAGGCCUUCAGUCGACAAGUAUGUAGCCGCAUUUCCCGCGCUAUUGGAAAUCCCAUCGAAAGAUCACCCAUACGAUCCCGAGAAAGACAGCGUGCUAAAGCGGGUUCGAAAGUUGUUUGGGGAGUAG